AUGGAUAUGAUUUACAAAGAUAUAUUAUUUCUUAUAUUGCCUCAUUUACGUCAGUUUCAUUUUCAUAUUCGUUCAAUAGUAGCAUAUACUUCUCAUAUAGAUAUCGAUACAAUUCGUCAAAGUUUUGUUCAUCAACAACAAUCUGUUGAUUGUGUACUUGAUUAUUUCAAUAAUAGAUGUGGUCAAUAUCAAAUUUUUUCACUUCCAUUUAUUGGUACUCGUCUUGAUUUUAUCUCAAAUCGAUUUCGACUUGUCGAUGAAAAUAAAAAUACUUUUUCAAAUGUUACAACAAUAUUACUUUUUGAUGAUGUCAAGCCUUUGGAAUAUAAUUUUUUUAGACUCGUUGCUCGAGCUUUACCUUAUCUUAAACCACUUGAAGUAUUUAAUCGACUUGAACAACAAGAGAAAACAAUGAUAAUCACAAAUUUAAUUCAAUUUCCUCAUUUAGCUACACUUAUCUGGGAUGAUAUACAUAUGAAUUUAUGCUAA